GUCGCCUUUUGCACUAGCGAUUUCAGUGAAGUCCUCGUGAGAGAGCCAGGGGUAGCCCCUACGAUGACUGGUCCUUGAAACAACACUUACAGUAGCCCCAAGAUAGCGUAUGUCGCGGCGGCCUUGUUUCUACUGGCCUGCCUCCGCUAGCGAGAUCGCCUUCCUUGUUCACAAACUGUGUAAACAGCGCGUAUCGAUAAGUGUGACCCUCUUGGAGCUCGCCUGCGAUAUCAUCUAAAAGUGACCUCUCUGUGUGUGCGUCGUGCAGAAGACCAUACAGUGGUUUGCGGCUGCAGUCCUCGAUUGACCCACCGCGUCAAGCGGCGAAUCAGCUGGCCGAAGCGCCGGACAGAAAAAUCGUAAUAUGACGACAUGAAGAGGAAGUCGGCCGCAAUUCAGACGUCGGAGCGCGAACGGCGACGUGCGACGACGAGGCGCGUGCGACAGGGAAAAAGCACUUCAUUUCACCGCAGCUGCGCGUCGUUGGGCGCACGCUCUUCUACGGCUGCGCUUGGGGCUUGCGAGCAAAUAUGGCAUCGAACGAGACCGAGCAGUGGGACGCCUUUUUUUUGCGCGACCAACCACCGGCAGAUUACGACGAACAGAAAAGACGCAUCGAUGAGUUCUGUUCCGCGUUUGCGGACACCGACGAGCGCGUUGUGCUGAUCACGUCUGGAGGAACAGCCGUGCCCCUCGAACACAACACUGUACGGUUUGUUGACAAUUUUAGCGCGGGAACCAGAGGCUCUGCAUCAGCUGAGUACUUUCUGGAUCAAGGCUACGCUGUGCUGUUUCUGUUCCGAUCAACAAGUCUGCAGCCAUUUGUCAGACGCUUCAAGCCUGGCGAACUGCUCAGCUACCUCCAUUUCGCAUCUGGCGAUGACAGCUGCAUUCAAGUGUGUGCAGAUGCAGUUCCCAAGGUGCGGCCCAUCCUCGAAGGUUACCAGCGGGCCAUGGCAGAGGGCACUGGCAGGCCGCGCCUCCUGCAGGUCUCCUUCACCUCCCUGACCGACUACCUGUUCCUGCUGAAAGCGUGUGCUGUUGCCCUGCGCCCCUUGGGAAGCCGUGCUCUGCUGUACCUGGCCGCUGCUGUUUCGGACUUCUAUGUGCCACCAGAAAACAUGCCCGAGCACAAGAUCCAUUCCGAUGCAGGCCCACUGCAGUUGCGGCUACAUCUGGUUCCCAAGAUGCUGAAGCCACUCAUUUGCUGUUGGAAUCCUGCAGCCUAUGUCGUCUCUUUCAAGCUGGAGACGGAUGAAAACAUCCUCUUGGACAAAGCAAGAAGAGCGUUGGCUACCUACAAGCACAAGCUCGUGAUCGGCAACGAGCUGCACAGCCGCAAGCACAGAGUCGUCUUUGUGACCAGCGACGAUCACGAGGUCAUUAACCUUACACCCGAGCAAGUGGCAGCUGGCGUGGAAAUCGAGCAGAUUAUUGUCGAGAAGCUCCUCAAGCGUCACACUGAGCACAUACGCAACAGCCCAGCAAGACGUUUCAGCUCCACCGUCAGCAUCACUGGAGAAAGCGUUAGUGACAGCACACUGCCCUAGCGGUCAUUGUCACGAACAGCUCAGCGAGAAACUCUUCGCCACUUCUGCAUUUCAUUGUGCUGGUGUGAAAAACAGGUUGUGUUCCACAGUUAUGUUUAUGCGCACGAAUGUCAUUUAAAAGCCAUACCCUGGUUGGUAUGCCCAUUUUGUUUCAUUGCAUGCUAAAGUUUUGUUGUAACCUGCCUAAUCAAGAAAAAGUGCCUGCUGUAGCUUUGUAUACACUAUGUACGGGCUAAAGCACAUAGACUGCACAGAGAAAUGUGGGAUACUGUGGUUUGUGACAUACUACUAUGCUAUAAUGCGUUAAAUUGUUUCACAGCAGAGGGAGGCAACAUGUUUUGCCACUUAGAAGCUUCUUGGCAAUACGAAUCCUGUCCCAUUGCAUUUUCCCGCGAAGCGUGUCUGUCAUGCCUUACAUGUUCCGUAGGUUGUACUACUUCAUAGUUCAUGUUGAAAAGUUAUUAACAGACUUUGCCAAUCGACUUAAUACACGUGUACGUAGUUUUUUUAACAUUGAAUCCAUCCACCUCGUACUGAUAGUGCUUAGCACCAGCCGUUUUCUCUCCUUUGAUGCUGGACAGGGCUCAUUUGUAACGUAGAAAAAAUGUAUCUGUAUGUUGUAUCUAAUGUGCCAUGAUACUGUAUAGAAUUGCAAACAGUUCUGCAAUAGGACUUUUCUUAUUUUGUUAAUCUGCAUAAUCUACAAAGAUGUCUCAUGAAUUCUCUUGGCCAUAUUUUGUAUAGUCUGUAGCGAAAGUACAGAAAAGUACGAAAGUACGGAAGCCACGGAUUGCUGUUGUCUCAAUCUGUUUUUGUGUGUGUGUGUGCAC